GGUCACAAUUACGUCAAAGGUCACACGAAAUAUUUUUUAUAACUAACUCGUUUGAAAGUUUUCACUCGCAGAUGGCAUGGACUCUGGACAAAUUUCAGGCGAAAAGAAGAAAAGUCCUCCUAUCAAAGUUCUUUCCAGCCAACUCCGAGAGGGAAAAGAUAACCGAUUGAAUGGCAAGCUCGAAUUUAAUAUAAAAAGACUGGGACAAUGGAAAAACACUGCACUUGUAGUCUCUGUGGUUUGGAUGCAAGGGACAAUACUGGAAGUUCGGUCGGAUCACAACACGGUCCUUCUUUUGGACGAGACAGGGACAUUCGUUGUCAAUGGCGUCAACAACAUUCCUAAGGGCAACCCAUGCCUACUUCAGGGUAACUAUGUCAUGGUGAUGGGGAUGAUCCAGGCCCUCUCUCCAGAACCUGUCCUUCGCGCGGUAAAGAUGGCAGACCUCUCUGAACGUGCUGCGAUUCACAGAAAAAUGUGGAAGUUGGAGGUGGAAGACCUUCAGCAGACGCUCACGUAGAAAGAAGCAUAAGCAGUAUGUUGCUAUUAAUGCCUGUUUGUUUUCAUUUAUUUUUAGCAAAAUGUAAAUAUUGCUACUGGUUUUGAGUGGUUUCUGGCCUGCCUGAUAUUUCAUUGCCAAAGGUAAUGUAUCAUAGCCUAGAAGUACGUGCCCAUCACGUUUAUAAUAGAAAGGCUAUAAUAUAUGCAUAUAAUGCACUAACACUGUUUUACGAUAGGCUAUAAUUAAGCAAUAAGGCACGAGGGGGUGUGGUAUAUGGCCAAUAUACCAUGGCUAAGAGCUGUUUUGUCAUACGCUUAGUAUACUGUCAGCCAAUCAGCUUUCAGUGCUCGAACCACCCAGUUUAUAAUAUAUGCAUAUAAUACACUAAACAUGUCAGAAGUGCUGGAGGAGGGUUAUGGUGGAAAAAAAGCUAGUCCGGGCAAGAAAGCACAAACUCAAACAAAAGACAAAGAAUUUAAAUUAAAGAAUGAACAAUGAUCUCAUUUGGUGAUAAAAUGAUCUCAUUUAUUUGUGCUUAUGUCAUGCAUACACAUUGAAAAAGUGCCAUUAAGUGAAUUCUACAGAAGCACACAAUUGUAUGCGAUUAAUGAAAAUAAAUAGCGCCAAUACAAUCAGUGACACCCUUGUGAAUCCAUGGAAUUGGGAAUGCUCAAAGGUGCCUGGAUUUCAAUCAAAACAUCCUGAAAUAAGACUUUUUCUGCAGCAUAACCACUCAUUCAUUCAACCUAAAGGCAUUUAGGCCUAAGACAACAAGUGGAUCUACGUAGGGCAGUUUGUACGAUAAGCUUGAUUACUUACCAGUAACCAUCACAAUAAGACUGUAUUAACAGGUAGUCAUGUUGCAGUUUGAUUACAUAUAGAUCCUAUGAAAAUGUACAAUCACAAUAUCGACCAGUCUUACCUCUAACCCCACCACCAACAUUGUGUGGACUUUACUAUUCAAACUGACUGCAUAUAUAUAUAUAUAUAUAUAUAUAUAUAUAUAUAUAUAUAUAUAUACACACACACACAAUUAUAUAAUAAGAUCCUUAAUUUGAAAGUGCAAUAUUGACAAGUUAUCUAGUGGACAAAGGUAAUACAUUUAUAUAGAUCACUCGAAAAAGAAAAAAAAGCAAUACGCAACAUAAAAGUAUUUAACAAAUUGAAAUGUAAUCUUGAUAUGUAAUACUGUUUGGUUUAUACUGUCUGUUAGGUUUAUGUACUCUUGUUUGUAUAUUUCUGUUUUUUUGUAUUUGUUGUGUUCAUAAUAAAAAAUACAUGUAAAAAAUA